UGCGCUCUGUGGACCACAUCCGGAAUGGAUUUUAGGUUAUGUUUAUCUCUCCCGUGAGAGGAGCCGAGGACUGUUUUUUUUUUCCUGAGGAUGUAUAGCGCCAAUAAUUUCUCGGUGCGGUUGAAUUAUUCGGGAGAAGUCAGGAGCAGCAUGCUGCUCUCUAAACUGGACACCCUCUCACACAUGUCGUUCAGCAUGGACCUGCCGGUGAAGCUCCUGCAAGCCAACGCAGAGAAGCAGUCGCUUGAGAAGCAGUACCGGCUGGGUCCGGUUCUCGGCAGUGGGGGAUUCGGUACCGUUUACUCAGCUGUUCGCCUCGCUGAUGGUUUGCCGGUGGCAGUGAAACAUGUGAGCAAGGAUCGGGUGACUGAGUGGGGUUCUCUGUCCGGAGCUUUAAUUCCUUUAGAGAUUGUGCUGCUGAAGAAAGUGAGUGGGACCUUUGCUGGCGUGGUGCAGCUCUUGGAUUGGUGGGAGCAGGCGGAUGGCUGGUUUAUAGCGAUGGAGCAUCCCAAGCCAUGUCAGGACCUGUUUGAUUACAUCACAGAGCGUGGCGCUCUUGAUGAGGAGGCAGCACGUGGCUUCUUCCUGCAGGUACUGGAGGCCAUACGUCACUGCUAUGCCUGUGGCGUUGUCCACCGUGAUAUUAAGGACGAGAACCUGCUGGUGGACCUGAGGACCGAGCAGGUCAAACUCAUUGACUUUGGCUCAGGGGCUGUUCUUAAAGACACUGUCUACACAGAGUUUGAUGGGACACGAGUAUACAGUCCUCCAGAGUGGAUCCGAUUCCAUCGAUACUAUGGGCGACCAGCCACCGUCUGGUCACUCGGUGUGCUGCUGUAUGACAUGGUGUGUGGCGACAUCCCCUUUGAACAUGACGAGGAGAUCCUAACGGGACAGAUCUAUUUCAGGCGGAAAGUCUCCUCGGAGUGCCAGCAGCUGAUUGGCUGGUGUUUGUGCCAGCAGCCGUCCGACCGGCCAACCCUGGAGCAGAUCUUCCUCCACCCUUGGUUGAUGGGCAGCAGGGCUCAGCGAACAGACGAGGCAGCCAUCACACUUCAUGCUGUCAAAGAUAACACCUCCUGCUCCUUCUUGAAUCCAUCUUCCUCCUACUCCCCUCCCAACCAGUAGAAUCUCAUGGUGGGCAUGGUUUGGACUUGACUGACAGCUGUCCUUCAGUGUCUAUGACAUGUCGGUGGGAGUUGUUCACAGUUGUGGAUGAAGUUUGCUGCUGUGGCGCAGCUUUGUGCUGCGUUAAAAGUGCCUUGAAUUUGUUUAUUUAAAGCUGCUAUGGGGAAAGUGUCAUUCAUUGGCAAAAACCAGACUGCAAAGGGAGAGAAUCUCUAGACCAGGGCUGCCCAAUCCCAGUCCUCAAGAGCUACUAUCCUGCAGCUUUUAGA